CGUAGCCCGCUGGCAGAAAGACGAGGAUAGAGGCUGUCUUUCUGGGACGUAUUUGUACUUGGAGCUUUGCUGUAGUUUAUGCGACAAGACAGCGGAGUUAACCAGUCUGCCAAGAUUCUGAGGUGCUCCUCUCCCGAAUUUCUUGCUCUUACAUGGUAACAGAGAGCUGAAGAAAAGAGAGUGAAGAUGGCAGUUUGGAUUCAGGCUCAGCAGUUGCAGGGGGACGCCCUGCACCAGAUGCAGUCUCUCUACGGCCAGCACUUCCCCAUCGAGGUCCGACACUACCUGUCUCAGUGGAUAGAGGGACAGCUCUGGGAUGCUGUGGACCUGGAGAACCCUCAGGAGGAGUUCAAGGCCAAGCGUCUGCUGGACAGCCUCAUCCAGGAGCUGCAGAAGAAGGCCGAGCACCAGGUGGGAGAGGACGGCUUCCUGCUCAAGAUCAAACUGGGUCACUACGCCACACAGCUAAAGAACACAUAUGACCGCUGUCCCCUGGAGCUGGUGAGAUGUAUCAGACACAUCCUCUACACCGAGCAGAGACUGGUCAGGGAGGCCACCAAUUCGAGCUCCCCGGUGGGUGGGAUGAUGGACAGCAUGUCCCAGAAGUACCAGCAGAUCAACCAGCUGUUUGAGGAGCUGCGCGUGCUGACGCAGGACACCGAGAACGACCUCCGCAAGCUGCAGCACAACCAGGAGUACUUCAUCAUCCAGUACCAGGAGAGCCUGCGCAUACAGGCCCAGCUGAGCAGUCUGGCUACCCUCCCCCCUGCGGAGCGACAGCUCAGAGAGCCAGCACUGCUCAGCAAGAGAGCCACAGUGGAGGCCUGGCUCACCAGGGAGGCCAAUACACUACAGAAAUACAGACUGGACCUGGCUGAGAAGCACCAAAAGACAUUGGCCAUGCUGCGGAAGCAGCAGACAGUCAUCCUGGACGACGAGCUCAUCCAGUGGAAGAGACGCCAGCAGCUGGCCGGCAACGGAGGUCCUGCUGAAGGAGGCCUGGACAUCCUGCAGUCCUGGUGUGAGAAGCUGGCCGAGACCAUUUGGCAGAACAGGCAGCAGAUCAGGCGAGCGGAGCACUUGCGGCAGCAGCUGCCCAUCCCCGGCCCCAUCGAGGAGCUGCUCACCGAGCUCAACGGCACCAUCACAGACAUCAUAUCAGCCCUCGUCACCAGCACCUUCAUCAUAGAGAAGCAGCCCCCCCAGGUGCUGAAGACCCAGACCAAGUUUGCGGCGACGGUGCGUCUGCUGGUGGGGGGCAAGCUCAACGUGCACAUGAACCCGCCGCAGGUCAAGGCCACCAUCAUCAGCGAGCAGCAGGCCAAAGCCCUGCUCAAGAACGAGAACACCAGGAAUGACAGCAGUGGAGAGAUCCUCAACAACAACUGUGUGAUGGAGUACCACCAGACCACGGGCACGCUCAGUGCCCACUUCAGAAACAUGUCCCUGAAGCGGAUCAAGCGCUCGGACCGCCGGGGAGCCGAGUCGGUGACGGAGGAGAAGUUCACCAUCCUGUUUGAGUCGCAGUUCAGCGUGGGCGGCAACGAGCUGGUGUUUCAGGUGAAGACACUCUCCCUACCUGUGGUGGUCAUUGUUCACGGUAGCCAGGACAACAACGCCACGGCAACGGUCCUGUGGGACAACGCUUUCGCUGAGCCGGGCCGGGUGCCCUUCAUAGUGCCUGAUAAGGUGCUGUGGUCUCAGCUGUGCGAGGCCCUCAACAUGAAGUACAAAGCGGAGGUGCAGAGCACCCGGGGCCUGUCGGAGGAGAACCUGGUCUUCCUGGCCCAGAAGGCCUUCAACGGCUCCAGCAGCAACCCUGAAGACUACCGCAACAUCACCAUGACCUGGUCCCAGUUCAACAGGGAAAGUCUGCAAAUGAGAAACUUCACCUUCUGGCAGUGGUUUGACGGUGUCAUGGAACUCACUAAGAAACACCUGAAGCCUCACUGGAACGAUGGUGCGAUCCUCGGCUUCGUGAACAAGCACCAGGCCCAGGACAUGCUGAUGUCCAAACCCAACGGCACCUUCUUGCUACGCUUCAGUGACUCAGAGAUCGGCGGCAUCACCAUUGCCUGGGUGGCUGAGAACCCCAACAAAGCAGGAGAGCGUAUGGUGUGGAACCUCAUGCCCUACACAACCAAAGACUUCUCCAUCCGCUCGCUGGCAGACCGCAUUAGUGACCUGAACCACCUGCUCUACCUCUAUCCUGACCGGCCCAAGGAUGAGGUCUUCUCCAAAUACUACACCCCACCUCUCUCCAAAGCAGUGGAUGGCUACGUCAAACCUCAAAUCAAACAAGUUGUGCCAGAAUUCACAACAGCCAAUGCCGACCCAGCAGUCAACCCAACCUACAUGGAUCACGCUGCAUCACCUGCUGUUAAUCAUCCACACAGCUACGGCCUCUACCCACCCAUGAGUGACCCCAUGCUGGACACUGACGGCGACUUCGACCUGGACGACACCAUGGAUGUAGCGCGGCACGUGGAGGAGCUGUUACGCCGACCGAUCGAGAGCCAGUGGAGCGGCCAGCAGUCCUGACCGCUGACCUCUUGACCUCUUACCUCAGCCCUCGCCGCCCCCUCACUGCAUCCCCCCCCCCCCCCCCCAGGAUGGUCUGCGUCUCCUGCUGCCGUUGUCGCACCUGUGUCUCUAUCACUGCAUUGGCGCCGAUGUGAAAUGUUGAUAAUGGUUGUGAAAUUGAGUAUUUUUGUUUUUGUUUCCAGCAUGCUUGCUGCCUGCCUCUUUUUGUAUGGCCCCAGAUAUGCCAGAGAGAGAGAGACACGAUCAUAAGGCCUAAAGCUACAUACAGUACAAUAUGCUACAGUACAGCAGUAGUGAACAUGACAUUCGCCGGCCAUUUGAUCAUGCCAAGAGAAAUCCAAACAAGCACAUGCAUGUUCUUUUUGUUGUAUUACUGUCCGUGACUGAAAUAUCCAAGAUAAUGCAUUGAGAGUUCAGAAAUGUCUUUCUUUUUCAAAUCCAGGUGUUGUUACUUCAUGAUAGUAACUGUCCUCUGAUAAGGUGUUGUGAAGGAUAGCCUCUGAUCUGCCUUGUCUGACAAUGUGUAUGCUUGUCUCCACACACUCACUCACACACAUACACACACGCACACACACACGGACAUUCUCACCCUCUGUCCUCAGUCUGACUCCCUCCCUGCAGUCCGUGUGCUUCUCUUGACUCUGUUGACUAGUCCAGAUAUGACACUCUCCCUGUCCAAGAGUUCCUAUCUUCAGUCCAGCCCUGCCGGCCGCCGCUCUUGUCUCCCUUUAUGCCUUUGAUCUCCGCACCUGGGCCUUCUGGCCCUCUCCGCUUGCUGUAGUAACUGUGACUGGCCGCGUUGGCUUAAGCCCUACAACAUGGCUUAGAGUGAAGAAGAAAGCAAUUUCGAUGAUGGAGGUGUAAACUGAAUCCCCUUGGGGAGUGCUAAAUACGCCCAUCCUUUUAGAAACUGAAACGCCUUUAUUCAGUGUGUAUGGGUUGCAUUUGCACAAAUCCACAUUGGACGCUUAUGGUGUAAAGUAGCCUAAGGUUCACGUCUAUAUUUGAUGGUGGAACAAUUUGCAACUGUAGGAAGUUUUUUUUUCUUUAAAGAUCAGUUGUCAAAAGCUUUCUGCACUAUGCAUCCAUGCUUGCUGAAGACCUGAACUGUGACUGUUGACACUGUGCUGGAGACCCAAUAUGACAUUAGAACAUACUGGAACCAUCAUUAGGGAGAUGGGGGAUUGGAGAUAACAUUAGAAUGUGCUAGAACAUUUGAUAAGGUGAUGAGGGAUGGAAGAUGGCAGACCUCGAUAGAAGAGUGAUUUCUCAGUGUCAGAGUUUGGACACUCUCUCUGCCUCCUUCACCCCCUUUCUCUCUAUCUCUCUCUCAUACACUCUCUGCACUCAAUCUUGCUCAGAUUUUUUUUCUCUCUAUCUCUCUUUCUUUCAUACACAUUCACGAAUGCACACACACACACACACACACACACACACACACACACACACACACACACACACACACACACACACACUUCUCCCUCUCAGUUUGUCUCCCUGUAAGUACAAGAUGCUCUUCACCUACACACACACACACAAACACACACACACACACACACACACACACACACCACUCAGGAGGAAGUAUUGGACAGAUCUGUGAAAAUAUUGAGAAAAAAAGGACUAAUCCUAAACAUGCAAAGACAUGACUUUAUCUUUGUACAGGUCAAUGCUAAUGCAAUCUAUUUCUUUAGUACACAACACUUUACAGUAGUACACAAAUCUCAUAGUCAUGCCCUUUUAAUCUGUCACCUGUGCACUGGCCUGGAAGGCCACCACUCUGUGUGUGUGUGUGUGUGUGUGUGUGUGUGUGUGUGUGUGUGUGUGUGUGUGUGUGUGUGUGUGUGUGUGUGUGUGUGUGUGUGUGUGUGUGUGUGUGUCUCAGUACCCUUGCAGAACCACCAGCCCGACGAGUUGCAGACUUUAUGCCCGUGUGGUUCAAAUAUAUUCCUCCCGUGAGCCUCGCCUGUUUUGAUUUUGCCCCCAAGUUGGGAUUGGCCCGUGUGUGCCCACUGUGCUCCGGGCCAAGCGGUUCACUGAUGUGGAGGCUAUUUCAGUUGCACACAGUCUGCAUUAGCGCAUUAACACCAAGUGGCUGCCCUUACACAAGAGCUUCAGGAAGUGUGGCAGAGUAGAGGCUUCACAAGUGGUCUCAUGACUAAGCUGAUUUGAACACUUGUCAACAAUCCUUAUUAACCCCCACCCACCCACCCACUCCCUGUCUCUGUUGUUUCAAGUUAGUGUUAUACUCUAUAUUUCAUGAAGGUUGUAGAUGAAGACAAAAAAAACGAGAUUGAAGACAAAAAACAAGAUUGUCAAGUAAAGAAGUCUGGUGAUAAGUCUUUUUUUUAUUGUUCUUGUUUUUCUCUUGACUCUGAUCUGUCUUGUUUUGCCUGUACCUUGUUUUCAUCAUGCUGUAAGUGGACACAUUCUAUGCGUGAGUGUGCUAUGUCUACUCUUGUGUGAAUGGUUUGUCCUUGUGUGUGUGUGUGUGUGUGUGUGUGCGUGUGCGUGUGCGUGUGCGUGUGCGUGUGCGUGUGCGUGUGUGUGUGUGUGUUUGUGUGAAAAAGAGAGAGUGUGUGUGAAUGUUUUGCGUGUAGCAUCUGUGAUUCCUGUUUUAUGUUUGUCCUAUUUUGUGGUUUUUUGGUUUUAGUGUUUGGAUAUGUCCAAGAAAAAACAGCAAUUCAAAUAAAUAAAGUUUUCUAAAUAA